CCCAAAUCUCAGGCCUCCACUGCGCGGGGUUUAUCAAAAUCUAAAACCCUAGAGAGCUCACCGGCCAUGGCGAUCUUUCUCCGACGCGGAUUCUCAAUCCGAAACGCGCUUCUCCGACGAAGCUCAGCUCUGUACAGCUGCGAUCUCCCGCUCUGCAACUCCGAGACGCCGCAGAGGAUUCUCUCUCUUCCGGCUCUUGAAUUUGUGAAAGAAAGCCGCAGAGGCUUCGCCAAAGGCCGUAAAUCAAAUGAAUCGUCUGGAACUACAAUGGAGGUUUUACCAGAUAUGGGACCCACCAUCAAGGCCAAUGCGACCUCACAUAUGGAGGCUGCAAUUGCAGCAUUGUCAGUAGAACUGAGCAAACUACGCACCGGAAGAGCAUCACCAGGAAUGCUGGACCACAUUAUUGUGGAAACCAGCGGGUUGAAGCUGCCCUUGCAUCAGAUAGCGGUUGUUUCAGUCAUGGAUUCAAAAACGUUAUCGAUCAAUCCGUUUGAUCCAAAUGCCUUGAAAAAUAUAGAGACUGCCAUUGUUGAAUCUCCCUUGGGUUUAAAUCCUAAAACCGAUGGGGAGCGAUUGAUUGCUGCUAUUCCUCCAUUGACCAAGGAGCAUGUUCAGGCUAUCUGUAAAGUGGUUAACAAGUCUUGUGAAGAUGGCAGACUAAGCAUAAGAAGAGGUCGCCAAAAGGCAAUGGAUACAAUUAAAAAGCUAUAUUCAAGCUACCCUAAGGACAACCUAAAAAGACUGGAGAAAGAGGUUGAGGAGCUGACUAAAAAGCAUAUCAAGAAAGCAGAGGACUUGUGCAAGGCAAAGGAGAAGGAGAUUGCUGGUGGUUAAGGUGGGCGGUUUUCCUAUGUAUCUUGAUUGCCGGAAGACCCCGCUCCUUUUUGAAGGAGCUACACCUGAAAUCGUUUUUGCAGAAGAGUCCCGUAGUUAGUUUUAUCAUUAUAUGUUAUAACCUAGUUAUUUCUCCAAAGUUAUAUGCAUUGUCGAAGUUUCAUCGUAUAAUAAAGCAAGCUCUUGUGAAAGAAGAUAUUUAACCACAGACAAUACAGAUCCGGUUUAUUUUCA